AUGGAUGAGUACGCAUAUGAAGCGUUUGCCAACCGGGAAGAGCCAAUUCCGGUUGUGGCACUUGAUGAGAGGCCGGAGGAUCAUUUGUCCAACGAUGAAGGGAAUGAUCACUUUGAAGUGCCAGGAGAUGAACGCAAAAGGGAUCGAUUCUGGAGGCAAGGCAAAAAUCUAAGAGAUACAUUCAAGAACACAAAAGAAAAGGUAUCUGAAAGGAAUGCCAGUGUGCAGGAUCGAUUGCUGGAAAAACUUCUACAACAAGUGAUACCUAUCGAGGAUCAAUCUUCAAGUAAAGACUCUACCAGCAAUUCUCAAUCCGAAUUCGUGUCAAGACCUUCUUUUAACAUCACCACCAUGUCCAACAAUUUCCGCAGAUUCAAUGCUCGAAUAGGUGUUGUUUUUGUCUUCCAAACGAAAGCAAUACAGCUUCUAUCCUGGAAGUACCCUACACAUACGUUGUCGUUUCUUGCCAUAUACACAUUCGUAUGCCUGGAUCCGUUCCUCCUCACAGCUCUACCGCUAGUCUUCCUAAUACUAGGCCUCCUCAUACCCUCCUUCAUCGCCAGACAUCCAGCACCACCAUCCACAAUCAACAUAGAAUCCUCCACCCAAUACCCCACCACAGGCCCAGCACUAGCCCCAGCACCCACCGUCAAACCCGCCAAAGAACUAUCCAAAGACUUCUUCCGCAACAUGCGCGACCUCCAAAACUGCAUGGAAGACUUCUCGCGCGCCCACGACAAGAUAAUCUCCCUCCUCGGCCCCCCCACAAACUUCUCCAACGAAGCCCUCUCCUCAACCCUCUUCUUCUUCACCCUCACCGCCGCCCUCGCCAUGUUCAUAGGAAGUCACCUCUUCCCCUGGCGCAUUCUCUUUCUGGUAACAGGCUGGACCCUAACCGCCCUCGGCCACCCAACCCUCCAACGCCAAUUCUUAGCCACCCAUCGCACACACAUCGUGCCCCAUGAGCAAGCUGCCCAGGCCUGGCUCAACACCUGGAUCGCCCACGACAUCAUCCUCGAUUCCGCGCCGCAGACGCGCGAAGUCGAGAUUUUCGAGCUCGAAAAGCUGUCCGCGGGCGGCGAAUGGGAAGCCUGGCUCUUCAGCGCGUCGCCGUAUGAUCCACUUAGCGAGAUCCGGAUACGCAGCGAACGACCGAAGGGGACGCGGUUUUUUGAGGAUGUGCGCGCGCCCGAGGAAUGGGAGUGGAGUGAGAAGAAGUGGGCGUUGGAUCUGUGGAGUCGGGAGUGGGUUGAGGAGCGGAUUAUAACGGGCGUGGAGGUUGAAACGGAGGGGGAGAGGUGGGUGUAUGAUUUGAGGUACGAGGGUGAGGAGGGGGAAGAUGAGGGAGAUGAUGAGACGCCGAGGAAGGAGGGGAAGAGGAGGGUUUUGCCUAGUUGGGAGGAGGGGAGUGAGGGGGAUGGAGAGAGGGGACGGAGAGGGGAGUGGAGGAGACGGAGGUGGGUUAGGAUGGUUAAGAGGAGGUGGGCUCAAUCUGGUUCGGAUGCGUGA